UGCAUUGAUUGACAGAUUGACACAAGUGAUCCACAAAAAAGUGAUGUGCGAUACCAUCGAUGCCAUGUGUGAGACAACAAAUACAGACUCAUGGGUACCACCAAUACUGCCUCCGCUGCCAUCAUCGUCAUCAUCGACAACACCACCAGUGUCUGCACCGACGCCAACACCCAUGACCAGUAGCAGUAAUGAUCAACACGUGUCGACACACGCGCUGCCACACCAUAAUAACCAUCACAAUAACCAACAACAGCAUCGACAACAACAACAACAACAACAUCUGAUGAGUCUUGAACUGCCAUCGUCUCCAUCACUGUCGCACAGGACUCACGAAGAAGAGAUCUACGAAGAUCUGUGUUAUGUAACUCUACGUCUUGGCCGUCAUCAUCAUCGGGAUGGCGGCUCUUCUGCAGACCGAGCAGUCAGUCUAGUGUUGGACUGUACGACCGCACGGGACUACUGUGUGAAAGAGUUGGUGGAAACUGAGCGCAACUAUUGUGAUGCACUUCAUAUGAUUCAAACACAUUUCAUACAACCGCUGAGCAAACAGUUGCGAACCAUCGAUAAGUUGACUAUUUUUCAAAAUAUCAAACACUUGUUAGACAUCCACAACCGCUUCUAUAGUGACCUCUGUAACAACACCGUCAUCGGUGGUUCAGAUCAUCAUCACCAUUCACUCAGUAGUCAUCAUCAUUCAAUUCAAGCACCCAUUACCAGCUACGACAGUCUGAGGAUAAGCGCCAGUUUUCUACAUUAUAAGGACAAACUUAUUGUCUACGGCCAGUACUGCGCUAAUCUGCCGAAAGCCCAGCAACUGAUUGACCAGAUUUGUUUGACCGACGAAACCAUUGCCCAAUUGGUUAAUAAAUGUCAAAUGAAGGCCAACGAAGGAAAGUUUAAACUACGCGAUCUGCUGUCGCUUCCAAUGCAACGAAUACUAAAGUAUCACCUGUUGUUGUCACAGCUAAUCAAGAAUACGCCCGAAACACAUGAAGACUUCUCCGGUCUACAGAAGUCCUAUCAGGCGAUGCUUGACUUAGGUCUCUAUAUUAACGAAGUCAAGAGAGAUACCGAAACAUUGGACAUAAUCAAUGACAUACAGAACUCGAUUGUUGAUCUCGAAAUGCCAGACAAUACACAACUCAAAGAUUAUGGCCGUCUUAUUAAAGACGGUGAGCUGAAGAUUAGAUCGCACGAAGAAAGUCGAUUGAAAAACAGAUAUGUCUUCAUAUUUGAUAAAGUGAUGCUUAUGUGUAAAUCAAUUAGAGGUGAACAGUAUAGCUAUAAAGAGGCGUUAAUAUUGGCUGACUAUCAGGUAAUUACGGUGGAGGAGCACUCAAUGGGCAGUACAAUAUCCAAACUGACCAAACAGUGGUCAUUUGGCUGGAGUUUAGUUCAUCGGCAAAACAAGAGCACAUAUACUUUUUACUCGAAAAGCGAUGACAUUAGAAGGAAAUGGAUCGAAGCCAUCGACAAAGCACUUGACAAUGUAUGUCCACAGGCCUGUCGGGAGGGUUCCACUGACCAUACGUUCGAAAUGUUUACAUUCCUGACAAUCACGACUUGUGCCGACUGUCAACAACUACUUAGGGGAACCUUUUUCCAGGGCUAUCAGUGCACGGUUUGCAAUAUAGCUGUCCAUAAGCAAUGUAUAGCCAGUGUUAGGUCGUGUGGCGCGCCAUCAUUGCCGCCGCGUCCACCACUGCCGCCGUCCAGUCCGGGCAUAUCGUUGAACUCGUUUUCGGGAGAAGAGGACAACAUUCGUAAUUCAGUGUCCGAUUCGUUGUCGCGAAACUGUAGUCAAAUUACCGGAGCUAUAAACACAAACUCAUCAGCUAAUAAUGUUAACCGAAGCUAUUGUCGCGCUAUUAGCUCAUUCAAUGGCGAUCCAAAUUUAGGAGAAUUAGCUUUUAUCGUACAAGAUAUUAUUGUGAUAACAUCUACAGGUGCCAAAUGUAGUGACGAAGACCAGUCAUCGGACGACAUAUGGUGGGAAGGAAGGAAUACCCGAACCUUUGAAAGCGGUAUAUUUCCCUCAACAACGGUUACCGAAGUUGAUUUAGCCCUCGAUUUGAGUGUCUUCAGUGCAUCAGCAACUGGGCGUCAAUCCUAUGAAGAUCCUAAUGGCUUCUCCGAAGUUGACAACUGUGCCAGUGGUGGUGGUGCACAAUAUGUUGAGCACAGCAACCUUAAUCUGGAUGAUUAUUUAUGGUUUGCCGGUCCAAUGGACAGGGAUAGCGCCCAAUCAGUAUUGGAGCACAUGCUUAACGGUUCAUUUCUGGUGCGUAUAUCUCCAAAACAAAACGGCAGUUACGCUAUUAGUCUGAACUAUUCGGGUCAAGUCAAACACAUUCGCGUCCAGAGGACAGUCGAGCAUCAGUUAUACUAUUUAAGUGAAUCCCGUUAUUUCAAGUCAAUCAUCGAUCUAAUUGUCUAUUACAGUGAAAACAGUUUAUGCGAAUCAUUUAAUUUAGUAAACACUUGUCUACAGAUUCCCUUCAAAAAGUCAUACAAAUGUGACGCCUAUUGCUAUGCCAUUGCUCUCUAUAAUUUUGCCGGCGGUUCAGCCAAUCUAUUAGAUUUGCGAAAAGGCGAUCGCGUGACCAUAUUAUCGAAGGCCGGCCAAAGUAAGGGCUGGUGGAAGGGACAGAUCAAUGAUAGGAUCGGAUACUUUCCAAUGGCUUAUGUCCAAUAACUUAACGACUAUACCCAAAGAAAAAGU